CAGGAAACUGGAGGCGCGCUCCCGCGGCGCGCUGCUAACCAUGGCUGCUCUCAGCAAGUCCUUACCGCAUAGCUGCUAUGAGAUAGGACACACAUGGAGUUCCUCAUGUACGACCUCCACCCUGCAGGUGACAGCCGGCGCUCUGGAGGUCUCCUUCAAGAUAUAUGCUCCUCUGUAUUUGAUUGCAGCAAUUUUAAGAAGAAGGAAAAAGGAUUAUUACAAGAAAAGGUUGCUUCCUGAGAUCCUGCAAUCGACAUCUUUCCUGACCGCAAAUGGAGGCCUCUACAUUGCAUUUUUCUGCAUUCUCCGGAAGCUGUUGGGACGUUUCUACUCCUGGUCAGCCGGCUUUGGGGCAGCACUGCCGGCCUCAUACAUUGCCAUACUAAUAGAGCGGAAAAGCAGGAGAGGACUCCUAACAAUUUACAUGGCGAACCUGGCAACGGAGACGAUUUUCCGGAUGGCUGUCACAAGGGGUCUUGUUAAGCCUAUGAAACAUGGAGAGGUUCUUCUCUUCUGCUUGACCGCAUCUCUCUACAUGUUUUUCUUCAGAUGUAAAGACGGACUGAAUGGCUUUGCAUUCUCUGCCUUAAAAUUUAUAGUUGGCAAGGAGGAGAUCCCGACACACUCUUGUCUGGCUGAGCAUGCGUACGGACAGGGUUCGGAGAGAGACGCGCAGCCACCGGAUGAGAGACCGGAGCACACGCCUGCCUUCAGGGGGAGCUGCAUCAGAGCAUUUACACGCAAACUCCUAGACUCUAUAUGCAAACAUGGACCCAGGCAUAGAUGUUGCAAACACUAUCAAGACAACUGCAUCUCCUACUGUGUUAAAGGUUUCAUCCGAAUGUUCAGCGUGGGUUACCUCAUUCAGUGCUGUUUGAAGGUUCCAUCAGCAUUCAGACAGGCCUUUACAAAACCCUCUCGACUGCUCUGGCUGCUCUACAACAAAGAGAACUUCCAGCUAGGAGCUUUCUUGGGAUCGUUUGUCAGUAUAUACAAGGGCACCAGCUGUUUACUGAGAUGGAUGCGUAACCUGGACGAUGAGCUCCAUGCUCUCAUAGCAGGUUUUCUUGCUGGCACCUCAAUGUUCUUUUACAAGAGCACCACCAUCUCCAUGUACCUCUUCUCCAAACUAGUGGAGACAUUGUAUUUCAAAGGGAUCGAGGCAGGCAAGUUUCCGUACUUCUCUGAGGCCGACACAGUAAUCUAUGCCAUCUCCACUGCCAUCUGUUUUCAAGCGGCGGUUAUGGAAGUGCAAAACCUGAGACCAUCGUACUGGAAGUUUCUACUGCGGUUGACGAAGGGCAGGUUUGCCCUAAUGAACAGAAAAGUGCUCGAUGUUUUUGGGACAGAGGCUUCCAAACACUUCGGUGACUUCACGCCUAAACUUGACCCCAGAUACGUGCUGUGUCCAAUCGACAACGGACGUGCAGCUGGGCUGAUAGACCAACAAUGACACGAAGGCACGGAAAGCUCUUGCACACGAUCUCUCUCUCUUACAUUCUCUUGCCCUGGCGCUCUAUGUCAUUAAAUGUGAAGUGAAAGUGUGAAGCCAGUUAUGUUUACGUUGAUGUGGAUCUGAAACAUUUUGCAAUAUAAUUACCGCAAGCAAGAUGUGACCUCUGUGUACGCACAAUAUCUGCAUCGGUUUGUCUGAAGAUGAUUUGAAGUUCAUAGGAUAAUGGUUGCUUAUUGGAUUUUCAAGGACAGAAUGACAGAGCAGGAUUGUGUUCACGCUAACUCAGCAAUUCCUGGACUGCUUGGGAUCUGACCUGGGACCU